AACGAUCAAUAACAACAUAGGAGAGAGCAACAGGAGGAGGAGAAGGAAGAGCACGAAGCAUAAUGAUGGGCGGCGAAGAAGAAAAAGAAGAAGAAAUUGGGAAAAAGGAUGAGGAGGAGGAGGAGGAGAUGGUGGGGAGUAUUGGAUCGUACGGAGGGAGGGUGAGAAUGGUAUACUCGUCGGCGGCGGCGGCGGAGAUGAUGCUGCUGUGGGGGAUUCAACAGCCAACGCUCUCCAAACCAAAUGCAUUCGUUUCUCACUCCUCCCAACAACUCCGCCUCGACGCUUGCGGCCGCACUCUUCGCGUGGCAGAAUCCCCUUCUUCCUUGGGAACUCCUGGAGUAACAGGAUCAGUGCUUUGGGACAGUGGAGUUGUAUUGGGGAAGUUCUUAGAGCAUGCUGUGGAAUCAGGGAUGAUGCUUCUUCAAGGCAAGAAGGUUGUUGAAUUGGGAUCUGGCUGUGGAUUAGUUGGCUGCAUUGCUGCCCUUUUGGGUGCUGAAGUUAUUCUUACUGAUUUGCCAGAUAGAUUAAGGCUGCUGAGGAAGAACGUUGGAACUAAUCUGUACGGAAAUGUUCGUGGUUCUGCAGCAGUGAGUCAAUUCGUUUGGGGAGAGGAGCCUGAUUUAGAAUUGAUUCAACCAUUACCUGAUUAUGUGUUGGGGUCAGAUGUAAUUUAUGGUGAGGAUGCGGUGAUGGAUUUAUUGGCCACACUACUAGAACUUUGUGGCACCCAAACAACAAUUAUUUUGGCUGGAGAACUUCGCAAUGAUGCUAUCCUUGAAUACUUCUUAGAAUCUGCAUCAAAGGAGUUCAUCAUUGGGCGUGUGGACCAAACUCAGUGGCAUCCAGAAUAUUGCAGCCCACGAGUAGUGAUUUAUGUCUUAGUGAAGAAGUGAAAUAAGAGAAAAUGAUGAUUAUCAUUCAGCAAUGAGUCAUUAUGUCAUGCAUCACAUUUGUUUUGUGCUAUUUUUCUUGGAUGGCAAGACAUUUCCUUUGCCGUGACAUGCUGCUGUUUGAAGCAUGGAAAUAAUCUACUAUGUUGGGGUGGGUCUUUGGCUGAAGAUGUUUGAUUGCUUUAAGGAAUGGUCCUUUUUUAAAUAUAUAUAUAUAUAUAUAUAUGACGAGACUUCAUGAA